UAUUUUUAGUCAUUUUAAUUAAACAGAAGAGCCAGAAGGGUAAAAAUAAUUAGCUGCAAAGCAGGGUCUGUGAUGUUGGUGCGCGAUGGUUAACAUCAGUAGCUCCAGCCUGGCUCAGAGAGAUUCUAGUAGUGUUAAUACACCAAGAGGAACUGAUACAAACGUGAAUGAAGAAAUGAGCAAUAAUGAAUAUCCUUUGCACGAUGUUCAGCAAGAUUCAAAUGCUUUGGAAUGUAAAGGAGACGAACAGUUACGAAAAGUGCCAUAUACAAUGCACGGUGUGUUACAUUACUUGCAACAUGAAUGGAGUCGUUAUGAAAUGGAUCGGGCGCAGUGGGAGAUGGAAAGAGCUGAAUUGCAGGCACGAAUAAGCUUCCUUCAUGGUGAGCGGAAAGGACAGGAAAACUUAAAGGCCGAUCUGAUCCGACGCAUAAAAAUGCUUGAGUACAGUUUAAAACAAGAACGAGCUAAAAAUUAUCGCUUAACUCACAAUGGUCAAGAUAAGCCAGAAGACGAAGUGAGUCCGGAUGAAGCGGCAGGAGCUGCUGAACAAGUUUCUCUUGACGUAGAUGCAUACGCUUUGCAGUGUAAUAGCGCCUCCAGUUUUCGUAAUGCAAGAGCUUUGUUGAGGCAAUAUCUGCAGGAGAUUGGUUAUAGUGAGACGAUUUUGGAUGUUCGGUCUUUUCGGGCCAAAAAUUUGUUAGGACUGAUGUCCAAUUCAGACUGGCAAGCUGACUCUAGCAGUGCUUCUCGGCAGAGUGCUGUGAAAGCUCUUCAAGAUACUGAUCGAGCUGUAAUGGAAGCUGCUCAAUAUCUUCGGGAAAAGAAAAGGGACAAUUCUUUACCAACUGGGAGUGACGAUAGCGAUUCGGAAGAUGAUGAGAAGGCAAGAAAAGGGCACAAAAAGGAUUCUCUUGGUCCGGAAGUGGUUCAACAUGAAGAGUCUGCAUUUUUAACAGAUGUUAUUAAACAAGAGAAACUAAGUGUUAGCAAAAGACGACGGGAAAGAAGUGGUGAGUGGAGUAUCAAUCAACGUGCUAUUGAUCAGAUGAAAGAAAAGUUCAGAUCGGAACAGGAAAGAAAACGAAGUAAUAGUCAGAGUGAUUCUUCAUCUGGUAAAGGACCAUCACAUCAGCUUUGCUUAGGAUUGGAUGAUAUCGAAAAAGAUGCAUCUAAUGAUGAUGUCCAGCAAUUUUUGGGUAGCAGAAAUAAACGAGACUUCAUGGAUAUCAAUACAGCUCUUGGAAUUGCUGAUGAAGGAAAUGUUGACAUUCAAGAUGAUUUUAUUAUCCCAGAUGAAGAUACAACAAAUAUUCGGUGGAAUUUGAAAUUUACGCUGCGCUCACAUUUCGAUAGCAUUCGCGCCAUGCAAUUCCAUCCCGUUGAACCGGUACUUAUUACAGCUAGUGAAGAUAGUACGGCGAAACUUUGGAAUCUUGGCAGUAGCAAUAUAAAAAUGGAUUUGAAAGGAAACCAAAUCUCGGCACAUUCACAGUCUACGGUUACCGAAUUAGAGCCAAUUUAUACGUUCCGUGGACAUAAUGGACCGAUCCUUUCAAUGGAUAUGUCACCAACGGGUGAUAUGUGUUACACUGGUGGUUUUGAUGGUGUUGUAUGUUGCUGGUCGGUACCAUCAGUUAAUACUGAUAUAUAUGAGCCAUACGAUUCAAAAGUGUUAUGUGAGAAAUUGAAAGGUCAUACCAGUGCAAUUUGGUCGGUUGCGUUUCAUUCAUCCGAUAAUCGCCUCGUUAGUGCUUCUGCUGAUGGAACUAUCAAACUCUGGGAGCCAGGAAAUACGGAUGCACUUAUCAAAUCAUUUGGUGCUGCACUGCCAAAUAUUAAGCCAACAUCAGUUGACUUUGUUUCAACUGAACCACAGCAACUGCUAGCAGCGUAUACAUUGUCAUAUGCUUCAAUUAUUGAUAUCGAAACCGGUUGCAAUGUGUUAUCAUUCGAUUUUGGUGAUGAAGAUGCUGGAACUAUUACGAAAAUUUUGUCACACCCAACGAUGUCAGUAUCCUUAACUGCUAGUAAUGAUCGCAAAAUACGUUACUUCGAUAACAAUACCGGCAAAAUGAUUCAUGGAACUGUUGCACAUGUUGAAGCAAUUUCGUGUUUGGCCAUUGAUCCUAAUGGACUUUAUUUACUUUCCGGUAGUCACGAUGGUUCGUUACGUCUUUGGAAUAUGGAAAAAAGGAUUUGUUUGCAGGAGAUUGCGGCCCACCGCAAGAAGUUCGAUAGCGCUGUAAUGACGGUUGCUUUUCAUCCAAGCAGGCCUUUGAUUGGUUCGGCUGGUGCCGAUGCUCUUGCAAAAGUUUUUAGCUCCCAGAAAUAUUUGCAUGGGAAUAGUUUUGAUUCUUAAAGUUUCGCUUCGUUUCGUUUUGUUUUUGUUUUUGUUUUUCAUUUAGACUGCUAUCCGUUGCAGAGUGUUUCGAAUAAAAAGUUGUAUGCUUCUUAAAUGCUGUACUUUUCC